UAUCUGAGCAAUACAUGCUUACGUUCUAUCAUUCAGUCAACCCUUUAAUAUAAUGUAUUCUACCAGGUCAAAGGUUACAAAAGCGGUGCGGAAUUUCGCUCACAAUUUUUCAGCUGCGUUUUUUAGUUCCUCAAAAUCAUUUCCACCAUGAACUCCCAUGAUAUCGACCCAGAUGAUUAUGAUUGGCAGCCGCCAUCAGAGGCUGACUUGAAGGUGAUCGAGGCACGUCGUGAACGUAACGACCAGAUCAGUAAGCGGAUGGGAGACUAUCUCCUGAAGGGGUGGAAGAUGCUGGGUACAAACUGUGAGGAGUGUGGGUGUAUUCUGCUGAGGGACAAGCAGGGAGCUGACUACUGUGUUGCCUGUAAUGAACUUGAAUCUGAUCAUGACAAGGAUAAUCCAGCGGUGAAUGAGGAGGCAGCUAGAGGACUGCAUCGAGAGGCCCAGUAUGCCACAGCAGCCAAGGACCUGGCUUCCUCUUCACAAGAACAUGUCAUCAACCAUGUGGCCUCACCGCCAAGAAACGUCACCCAGCAGGAAGAUACCGUGCCAAGGAACAGACUCGUUUCGGCAAAUCCAAUAGCCGUUGUGUCCAGCGCGCCGCAACAGGUCAGCUCGGCCAGUCAGAGCCAUGCAUACUCACCGACAGAGGCUGCUGGCGAAUGGGGAGAGCUGACAGAAGUGGCAGGCAUGUCGGUAGAGGCCGUUCAGAAGAAACUGUCAUGGGCAACUGAAGAGUUAGGAAAGACCUCCUCAAUAGAGAAUAGCAUUCAACUCUGCAUAUUGAUAAAGGCUUGUGCAGAAGCAUUGAUAGCAUUGAAAAAGAUGUAGAAAAGAUAGGAGCAGUACAGAAGCAGUUAUUGUGUAACAAUACCACCUUGUUGUAGUCUAUAAGGCCAGUCAAUGUUGAUUGUUAUCUGACAAUGACAAUCACUCAAUUUCAAACCCUUACUUGUAGUACCAUGUUUUGGUGCUAGGUGGUGCUGCUGCAUCACAAUGCAUGUAAGUGUAAUAGUACAACUUGAAGGUGUAUGUGUGCUAUUCACAUUAUGUUUUUGUUUACACACCACACCUGGACAGUAGAAAGCCUAUAAAUUGUUCAUUACUAGAAUAAAAUAUCUCCAGAUAGGUUCA